CUACCUUACAUCUUCAUCUGCAUCUGUAUUGUAGGGUAAGGUAUGUAUCAAGUACAUCGUCUGAUCGGUAGUUGUUGGUCUGUCUACCUCAAGGUAAGGAAGGUACUUUGCCUCAUGCUGUUUCUUAGAGUGACUUGGACUCAAUCACUCAACCCAAUGGAAUGGAAGGAACUUGGGUGCACUCUUUCCUUCCUACCUCAACUACCUAGCCUUGGUACAUCUCGGAAAGGAAGCCGCACCCGCAUUUACACCAGCCACUGCAUAUUACACCAGCGUUCUUUCCCAUCACCUAAGGCAAGGUAAACAUCCAUGGAUAGGUAGCAAAUCGAAAGUCAACAACCUAACUUGUCAGGCUACGGAGCGCUUGACC